AUGGCCGAAUCAUCAUCUCAUCGUCUCGAUCUCCGCGUUGGAGGAAAGUAUAGACUGGGCAAGAAGAUAGGCUCCGGCUCUUUUGGUGAUAUCUAUCUCGGGAUCAACAUAAUCUCGGGCGAAGAGGUCGCAAUCAAGCUGGAAUCUGUCAAAGCCAAGCACCCACAGCUCGAGUACGAAUCCAAGGUGUACAAGACCCUUGCUGGCGGCGUUGGGGUGCCUUUCGUUCGUUGGUUCGGCACGGAAUGUGAUUACAACGCGAUGGUCAUCGAUCUCCUCGGUCCCUCGCUCGAAGACCUAUUCAACUUCUGCAACCGGAAGUUCAGUCUCAAGACAGUGCUCUUGUUGGCCGAUCAACUGAUUUCGCGGAUCGAGUACAUCCACUCGCGCAACUUCAUUCACCGCGACAUCAAGCCCGACAACUUCUUGAUGGGCAUUGGGAAGCGUGGCAACCAGGUCAACGUCAUCGAUUUCGGCCUGGCCAAGAAGUACAGGGAUCCGAAGACGCACCUUCACAUCCCGUACAGGGAGAACAAGAACUUGACAGGCACUGCGCGCUACACCUCCAUCAACACCCACCUUGGGGUUGAGCAAGCUCGCAGGGACGAUCUGGAGUCUCUCGCUUAUGUUCUCAUGUACUUCCUCCGCGGCGCUCUCCCCUGGCAGGGUCAGAAGGCUGCUACCAAGAAGCAGAAGUACGACCGAAUCAUGGAGAAGAAGAUGACCACGCCCACCGAUCUCCUCUGCCGCGGCUUCCCCCCUGAGUUCGGCGUCUUUCUCAACUACACGCGCGCACUUCGUUUCGAUGACAAACCCGAUUACUCGUACUUGCGGAAGUUGUUCCGCGACCUCUUUGUUCGUGAAGGGUUCCAGUACGAUUACGUCUUCGAUUGGAGCGUACAACGCAGCGCGCAGGAAGAUGGUACUAGCGGCUCUAAGGCUGCCGCCGGCGCCAGGAGGAAGGUUGUCCAGGACGAAGACAUCGAGCAUCGUGUCAGUGACAGACAGCUUCGUUCGCACACUCGUCAAAUGCAGGCUGCUGCACCUGGUGUGACGGGGCAUGUGCGACGGGGACGUGAUGGCGAUCUCUGGUAA